GGCGGUGGGGGGUGGGGGGGGCGGGCCGGCGGAAGAUGGCGAACGUGGGGCUGCAGUUCCAGGCCAGCGCCGGGGACGCGGACCCGCAGAGCCGGCCGCUGCUGGUGCUCGGGCAGCUGCACCACCUGCACCGCGUGCCCUGGAGCUACAUCCGCGGGAAGCUGCAGCCCCGGGUCACCGAGGAGCUCUGGCAGGCUGCUCUAAGCACGCUCAACCCCAACCCCACGGACAGCUGUCCCCUGUACCUGAACUGUGCCACCGUGGCCGCCCUGCCCUCCAGGGUCAGCCGGCACAACAGCCCCUCGGCUGCCCACUUCGUCACCCGACUGGUGCGCACCUGCCUGCCACCUGGAACCCAGCGGUGCAUUCUGAUGGUCUGCGAGCGGUCCGAUGCCUUCGCCUCUGCCUGCGCCCUGGCCCGGGCCUUCCCGCUCUUCACUCACCGCUCCGGGGCUGCGCGGCGCACGGAGAAGAAGACGGUGACGGUGGAGUUUUUCCUGGUGGGACAAGACAACGGGCCUGUGGAGGUGUCCACUUUGCAAUGCUUAACAAAUGCCACGGAAGGGGUGCGGCUGGCCGCCCGCAUCGUGGACACUCCCUGCAAUGAGAUGAACACGGACACCUUCCUCGAGGAGAUUAAGAAAGUUGGGAAGGAUCUGGGCAUCACCCCGACGAUCAUCCGAGACGAGCAGCUGAAGGCAAGAGGAUUUGGAGGAAUCUAUGGUGUUGGCAAAGCUGCUGUCCACCCCCCCGCGCUGGCCGUCCUCAGCCACACCCCAGAAGGAGCCACGCAGACCAUUGCCUGGGUGGGCAAAGGGAUCGUCUAUGACACCGGGGGGCUCAGCAUCAAAGGGAAGACCACCAUGCCGGGGAUGAAGAGGGACUGCGGAGGCGCCGCGGCCAUCCUGGGGGCCUUCAGAGCUGCCAUCAAGCAGGGUUUCAAAGACAACCUCCACGCUGUGUUCUGCUUGGCUGAGAACUCUGUGGGUCCCAACGCUACGAGGCCAGACGACAUCCACCUGCUGUACUCAGGAAAGACCGUGGAGAUCAACAACACUGACGCGGAGGGCAGGCUGGUGCUGGCGGAUGGCGUGUCCUACGCCUCCAAGGACCUGGGUGCGGACAUCAUCCUGGACAUGGCCACACUGACCGGAGCUCAGGGCAUCGCCACCGGCAAGUACCACGCCGCAGUGCUCACCAACAGCGCCGAGUGGGAGGCGGCCUGCGUGAAGGCUGGGAGGAGAUGCGGGGACCUGGUGCACCCCCUGGUCUACUGCCCCGAGCUGCACUUCAGCGAGUUCACCUCGGCCGUGGCUGACAUGAAGAACUCCGUGGCGGACCGGGACAACAGCCCCAGCUCCUGCGCCGGCCUUUUCAUCGCCUCACACAUCGGCUUUGACUGGCCUGGGGUCUGGGUCCACGUGGACAUCGCCGCCCCGGUGCACGCUGGGGAGCGCGCCACGGGCUUCGGCGUGGCACUCCUGCUGGCACUGUUCGGCCGGGCCUCCGAGGACCCCCUGCUGAACCUGGUGUCCCCACUCGGCUGCGAGAUGGAUGCCCAGGAGGGCGAUGUGGAGAGGGACUCCAAGAGGCGCAGGCUCGUGUGAGGCCGGCCCCUUCCUGGCCCCCAGCACCCGGCUCUUUACCUCACUUUGCACUGAUGAAUUUUAAGCAGUCAGAAGAGGACACCUGAGAUAGGCUUUGGUUUGUUUUUCUUUUUAGUUGUCACGGUGAUAGAAGCAGCUCCUACUUCUGUCCUAGAAGACAGCUUAGGGUCUGGAGGGUUGCGGGGGGUGGGUCGGGGGCAGCCCUGGGACUUGCUGCCCUUCCAGGGACCUCCCAGCCUCCCUGCCGGCUCGCGAAGACUCUCCUCCCACAGCCCCGGGCCCUGCACCCUGGAGGCUCCAGACACUGUGGGUGCCCAUGGCCUUGUCCCUGGUCCCUGGCCCCACACGCGGCCCCCGCCUGCUAGAGAGCCCAGGCCCCUGUUCCAGCCAGGGCUGCCACCACCCCCAGGAGCCCUGCCCCUUUGGAAGGGUAGCCGUGACUUGUUUCAGGGACCCAGGCUCACGGCACAAGGGGAGGCUCCGGGCCCUUAGGAUACCCCGGCAGUUGAAGUAAAUACGGCUGCAUCAGGA